UUAACAAAACUUCACCCUAGGAAUUACAAAAUGAAUUCAUCAUUGUUUUAUCCAUGUCUUUUAAAACAUGUAGUUUUUUGAUAAUAUACACAAAAUAUUGGUAUAUAUGAUAUAAUAAUACUUAUGAUUUUCCUCUUGGUACCUUUCAAUUAUGAGAAGAAUUUGGGGGGAAAUUGUAGCUGUGCAAUGGAGGACAUGUGCAUUGAAGGAUUAUUAAGAAACACUUUGUCCAUUAUGAUAUUUGGAGACCUACUAUCUGUGAUUGUCUCUUUUGACAUUGUAAUGUUCACACAUAAGAGUCCAGAUUGAGAGUAAUUUUAAAGUGAUGGUUGAUCAAUUGGACAUUUGUCAUCAUUGGUGAGAGACAAUGGGAGUUGCACAACUGGCCUAGGAGAUUGUUGCUUAAUCAGACAAACAUCAUGCUUGACAUUAUUCUAGAAAAGGUACCAGCAAUCCUGCAAAACUCUGAAACAGCGAUCAGACUGAACAGUCCUAAUGAGUUAUUUUUAUAAAGUUUAACAAUUUUUUUAAAGGAAUGUGAUUAUAUAUAAUUAAAAAAUAAAAUCUGGAUUUACCAAUGAUGUAUGAAUUCUGGAUCUAUGCAGUAUAAUUGUGGAAGAUGCCUCAAGAAUUUCAUGUCCUCCAGUGCUACAGUUGUUCAACAUUUCAAGUACACCAAGUCAAGAAAUCCAGCAACAAAUGGAGCUGUAAACUGUGUGGAGAGAAACAGUCCAUCAAAAAAGUUUUUGGCAGAGGAAGUGGAGCUGAUUGUAGAUGUCAUGUACAGAGGCUAAAUACCCUAAGACAGGAACAGGACAUAACUAAUGCAUGCACUGCUGUCUGUGACGCUAGUCACUCCGCAGUAAGAGAUGACGAGUUAGGGUCUGGUUACACGGAACAUGAAGAGCAGAUGAUCAUCAGACCAUAUGAUAACUCUGGGAGUAAAUGGAGUCAAUAUGUAGAAGAAGUCGCUGAAGAUUCCAUCAAUGAAAUCCUCCAACCUGGGGAAGAGCAAUAUACCACUGAUGGGAACCAGUUUUAUGGGUGCAGAAAACGCAAAAGAGAAAAUGGGAACAGCUACAACAGAAAAGGGAUGAGAUCGCGGUAUGAUUCUGAUGAUUCCAGUGAAAUUUCAUGGAAAACACACACGAAGAAUCUACAAUACAGUGACGAAAAUUACAACAGGCCUCAACCAUCACAGCCAAGCUAUCCUGUGACUCAGUUAAACAAACCCUGGCAAAAUUCUACUCAAGAGAAAUGUGUUGCUGAAAUCACCCCGAUCCAAAACAAUGUUGCAACCUUCAAGAAACGAGAUCACAUGUUAGAUACUGUUGAUCAAAACAGAAUUCCUUCAGCAAAUGUGACUAAUUUUGAAAAUAUUGCAGAGCCAAGACCCAAGACAACAAAACUGGUUUUUUCCAACCAGGAAGGAAAAUCUAAUGGAUCAAAGUGGGACCAGUUUAUUGAGAAGGAAGACAGAGAACCAGAGAAUUCAGAUGAAGAGUGUCCGGAGAUCCCGCCACAGGAUGUUGAGUUUGUAAGUUUACAGAACAAACUAUGUCGAGGGGAGAUCCCGGAGGGUGUGGCGCCACAGGAUGUUGAGUUUGGAAGUUUACAGAACAAAUUAUGUCGAGGGGAGAUCCCGGAGGGUGUGCCGCCACAGGAUGUUGAGUUUGGAAGUUUACAGAACAAACUAUGUCGAGGGGAGAGGAGUGGAAACAAAGAUGGAGAGUCGGGGUCUCUUAAAAUUGGUGACUCAGCAUUGUUCUCUGUUGGCGAUCUUGAAGACUCUGAUUUUGAUAUCUAAUUUUAUUUUUUCAUUAAUGAAAAUACAGGCGACUCGAGAUGGCUUGAACUUCGAUCUCUCGAAGUGAAAUCAUGGUCCCGAUUUUUUUCUCUAUAUAACAAAGCAAAUUUACUAUCGAUCUCUAGAAGUGAAGUGGUGGUAGCGUAUACCCACCGUUACCCAAGCAUGUAAUACAGUGGAACCCCGUUAUUACGUUCCCCCUUUAAUACGUUAGUCCGCAUAUUACGUUGGAAUUUCAAAGCACAAAACCAUUUCUUAACAAACCUAUAUAAAAUAGACCUCGUUAUUACGUUGUCCUAAGAUGCCGGGACUCGGUAUUACGUUGUAAAAAUUCCGACGAAAACGUAAUAAACCCCUAAUUAUUCAAUAGUGAUUCUCAAAAUAAUAAGCCAUUCACACCUUGACUGCCUGAGGCAGUCACCACGUAAAUUUCCUGGUCUGUUUGGGGAUUAGAGACGCUUGACUGAUCACGCUUCGAUAGAUCUUGCGACAUCAAUACAGGUGAAUACCCCGUAUCGAAGCCAGUGAUAAACAAUUAAAUAAUGUUUAUUUAGAAAUUGUACUCUAUGAAAGUUACUUCAUUUUUCAUAUUUUGAUAAUCAAAGAAAUAAUUUCUCAACUACCUGCGUGUUCAGCAUUGUGUGAUUACCUUCGCUAUUAAAACUCUAUUUACGGACAGCUUUGGUACCAAACAUGAAAGACAAGAUUUAUCGUAGCAAUGUUAAAACCGCUUGGGUAACUUCUUGGACAUAGGUGACUAAAGGAAGUGUUCAAUUAAAAAAUUGUCCGUUGUUUCGACAUGCAGCUUUGGUGUUCGUAAAUCUCGUCCAUACAUACACCGACCAAACUGUCUUGUGUUAUCGGCCGAUUCGUGCACGGCAUUUACCUCUGUGAAUAUUCUAAAAUCCCCUGAUGCGCACGUGAUUUUAGUGCCAUCAUUUAGCGUUGUAAAUGAAAUCUUCGUGCAUCAUUAUAUUUUUUUUUAUGUGGAUUGCGCUUAAAUUGUUCUCCGUGUUUAUCGUUGGUGAGAAAAGUGUGUAAGUGUUGGGUAUCGUGUGCGUUUUGUGUCUAUAGUUUUGUUGUUUUUUGGAUGGGAUUUUUUUUUUAUUGCGUUGUGUAUUGUGUAAUUCGCGAACUUAAUAAAAACGAUGUUUUGUUAUUUUUUUUAAUACGAAUGUUGAAUACGAACCGGAACGAGUUAUUGAGAGAAAUUUACAUGAACGCAUUGUUUUAAAGUUGAACAAAA